AUGAGUCGAAACAGCGUGAGUGGCCCUGCGACGACGUACCAGGUGUACGUGCUGGCAAUAAUAGGAAAAGGAGACAUCCCUUUGUACGAAGCCGACCUGUCUAUGAACGUCAAAAAGGACAUUUCAGAACAUCUGGCACAGUUCAUAAUUCAUCAGUCUCUAGAUUCGGUAGAUGUGGUAGUAUGGAAAUCUACGAAUCUUUUUUUAAAAACGGUCGAUUCGUUUAACAGCUAUUCUGUGUCAGCAUAUUGUACCACAGGACACAUAAAGUUCUUACUGCUUCACAAGAACAAGAAUGAGAUGAUCAGUGGGGGGGGGACGACAGUUGGACCCACAAUCUAUGUCCCCUCCGAUGAGAACAUCCGAUCCUUCUUCGAGAUCGUUCACGAAAAUUAUAUUAAGGUCUUAUUGAACCCAUUGUAUGAGCCCAACGGAAUGAUUACAAGUUCUCUGUUUGACCAGAAUGUGCACUUGGCGGCGAAGCGCUUCCUGCACGGUUGA